AUGACAAUUGCUAAGGAGUUAGAAAAACAAAGAUCAGUCAAAGCCAAACGAUUGCAAAAGGAUGAAAAUAUUUAUUUUAAAUCAGAAGAGUUUUGGUUGAAUAAAAAAGGUUGUCCGACUGGAACGGUCCCUAUUCGACGAUUGACACAAGAACAACUCCAAAAUGCCAAAGAUGCCUCCUUAAGCAUGGCAAAUGAAUCCCUUGCUGAAGAUAUCAUCGAUUUUGCAGGAAUUAGUAUAAACGCAUCGCCAGAAAUAAAAAGUUUUACAAGUGCCACAGCCCGUGUUACUUUGUAUAAUCCACAAGUAAAUGGACUUGGCCAAUAUAGUUCCGCAACAAUAUUUCAUCAAAGUGCAGAUAAUGCGACAAAUUUCGAGCAAAUACAAGCCGGAUGGAUUGUACAUCCAAAACUAUACGGUGAUAACCGGACUCGGUUAUACUCCCAUUGGACAACAGAUGGCGGUCAGAAAACAGGAUGUUACAAUAAUAUUUGUCCAGGAUUUGUUCAACUUGACACUACUGUACCAAUAGAUUAUGCUUUUCCAAAAAUCUCUAGGCCAAUGUAUGAUGAUUAUGAAUUGCUAAUUCAGAUCUACAAGGAUGAAGACUAUUAUCUUUUGUUUCAGGGUUUGUUUGUUAUUGGAUUUUGGCCGGAGACCAUGUUCAAUGAAUUAAGAAAUGGAUCGCAGGUAGUGCGAUAUGGAGGACAGGCGUUUACACCAGCGGGUGAACCAUAUAGUCCACCCAUGGGAAAUGGUAAUUUUCAGGAUGGCAAUCCACACACCACUUGUCAUAUGCGUCAAGUCCUGUAUGGAGUGGGCUAUAAUCAACUAGUUCAACCCAAUGAAUCGUUGGUUCAAACUCAUCAAUAUAGAUGUUACCAUGAAGGAAGUCAACAUAAUGCUCAUGAUGAUUACUGGGAUUAUAAUUUUUUGUUUGGGGGUGCUGGUUUUUGCUGAGAUGCACCAACUGCUUGUAUUGUAUUGAUAUAUAAGAAGCUAUUAUAUUAGUUCUUGCAAUUGCAAUUUCAAUUUAUUUUGGGUGAUUCAAUACUUGAUGUGCCUGAUAUUGAAAACAUAUUAUUUAGGAGAAUUGACAAUUAUGUCAAUUCAAACUCUUCACUUAAUUAGCUAACAAGUGUGGCGAGACGAAUGUGAUUUUUGCAUCCUAAAUAAGAGAAUUUUUUCAGUUUGAGCUUAGGAAUAGAGAAAACACUUUCUCUUGUAAUAGUGGUAAAAUUUCAAGAAAUACGAAACAAAGAUUUUUUUGUGCCUUCAUUGCCCAUUCACCAGGUAAUUGUGUCCUCAACUUCACGGAGCCACUUAAAAUCUUACACCUUCACUGGACUUUCAGCAUGCUAUAUCUUGUGUGGCCUGCUGGUUUAAUCUUUCUGUUGCUCUCUUUUGACGAACAAGGGAAGCGUGACGAGACUCCAAAUCAAAUCC